CCUCAACCAAGACAUCAUAGAGUGAUCUACUGAGUUAAGAGUUUCAAUUCUACUACUUAUUAUAGUUAAAUAUCAGAUAUGGCCAAGUACUUGAAUGUUGUGCUUGUUCUUGCUCUAGUAGUGGUUCAAGCUACUGCAAGGAAUGUGCCUAGCGAUGCUGCUGGUCUCAAUGACCAAAAGAACCUCCUCACAUACGGUGGCAUUGGCGGCUACUCUGGCAUGGGUUCAAAUGGCAUGCCAAUGGGUGGAGUUGGGAGUGUUGGUGGUAUGACUGGCCUUGGUGGUACAGGUGGGAUGGGCGCCAUGGUAGGUGUUGGGUAUGGAGGUGGGCCUGGCGCUGGUAGUGGAAAUGAAGGUGGUGUUGGCAUUGACAAUGCGCCUGGUGUCGUCCACUUUCCUUGAACUUUGCUGGAUGGUUAAAAUUUUAAAGCAGCUAGUUUAACUUAUGUUAAAGAGUAAUAUUAUAGUUGCUCUAGAGUGUGAAAUGUUGUCCUGUGUUAUGGGUUGUGUUAGGUCCAUCUUUAUUUUUUUUUAUGUCUUGUUUUCUUUGGUUUUGUAAUCCGUCAUCGUUGUGGUUUUGUAGCCGACUUAAGGUAAAUAAAUUGAUUUGGACAA